ACAUUUUAGGAGAAGCGUAUGUUUCUUCUGGAGCAGGAGAUUCUCCUGGAGCAGACGGGGCACUGCCGCUCUCGAUUCUGCGGCGAUUUACACCAAACCCUUCGGCAGCAGUGACAGGAAAAAAAAAUGGCGAAGCUGGUUGACAAGGAAGGAGAUUGGGAUUUCCACCUGCGAUCCCUUUCUGCUAACGCGAGAGACUCUACUGCUGCUAGUGAUCCAGCUUCGGAUCCAUACAUCCUCCAAUCCGUUAAAAAGAUUUACGACAUCUGCAAGGAAGCUAUGUCGGAGGAUUUGGUCACCCGCGCUUACCCGCAUAUCAACAAACUCUUCCACCGAUCGGUGGUCGCCCUGCCUCAGUCCCAGACCUCCAAUGGGCUUCUAUUACUGACCAUCCUUCAAUUUUUUCUUGAUUUUGGAGAAAUGGUUCUACACGAUGCUGAUCCUAGCUUAAGGACCUUUUUCCGCUCAUGUUUAAGCAGAGAGUUUGCAGACCCUCGUGUUGCAGAAGCCACUCUAGACUUCCUUAACCUGAACAAAAUAAAGCUUAUUAAUGUUUAUCCCACAUUGCUACCUCAGUUCUUCCCUUUACUAUUGAAGUUGAUAGCCUGGAAUGGUGAGAAACUGGAAGAAAAAUUUCAAUCAGUUUUACCGGCAAUGAUGUCAAAUGGAUCAUUUCUUCCCCUAUUUCCAUCUCUUACAGACCUACCAAUACUGGUGGUGGCCUUGGAAAAGGUGGAAAGGAGCUCUGGAACUCUUCUGGGAAGCAGUAUCGCUUCUAUCCAGAAAAGUGCAGCUCCUGAGAUGCUACUUGCAUUAAUGGAUGAAGCCUAUACUGGGUCAACUAUAGAAGAUCGUUCUGGUGAUUCUGGAUCUGAAGACAGCAACAGUAUUGAUGUAGCUGAUCCUGUUUUUCUUGACCUUCUAAAGGAUGAGAAUGAUGGGCUUGUUGAACGACAUUGGACGUCACCAGGGAUGACCGCAGCCCUACAGGCUGCCAUAAAUUCAUCACAGUCUGAUAGGCUAAAACAAGCUCUUAAUAUGACACCGAGGUUUCUUUCUCUGUAUUUUGCAGUAGCAUUACGAGAUAUCAAUGAUUCAUUGGUGUGCGCAUUAAUUCCAAUUGUUAUGUCAAGAAAUUCUACUAUAUUUCCAGACAAGACUUUCGCUUUUGAGGCGCGGAAGAGGCUUUCAGAUUUCAUUCUAGCUGCAUUCCAGGGAUCUCCUCAUUUUAUUGCGCUGCUGAAGAAGCCUAUUGUUGACAGAUUAGGUGAGGCCUACGAUAGUCCUAUAAAGACAGAGUUGGCUUUACAUUUAUGUUGGGCAAUUGGUGAGCAUGGAGGUGGGGGAGCUUCCCACAAGGAUGUUGCAAGGGAGCUCUUUGAGAGCUUAGAGUUACUUUUAUAUGAAAAUCUUUCUACCAGCCGCUUGGGCUUAAGCCAUGAAACAGGUUUUGAAUCAAAUGGGACAAAUUCAAGAAGAUCUUCACAAGUUAGGCUUCUAAGCUUUGUCAUAACAGCAGUUGCAAAGCUUGCAACAUUCCACACGGAAUUGCUUCCACGGGCUCAAGUAGCUCUGGCAAAGGUUGCCCGAUCCCGUGGAACAGACAAAAGAGUGUGGCAGCGGGCUUGUGACUACUUGGGAUUAUUGAAUGAACCCGCCAUAAGUUUAUCCAUUUUGGGGCCUUCAAUAGGGAAUGUUAAAAACCCUGGAACUGUUAAUUGGACUGAAGGUGGUUCUAAGAUGGUUGCUCAUGUUCCAUUUUAUAUUCUCGCUGGACAAGAAGGUCCACCUUUCCAUGAUUUCUCUUUCUCGGAUAUCUUUCCAUGCCACGACGGCUCCUUAUCAAAAGCAAGAACCAAGAAAAGCUGAACAAAAGAAUUGACAAUGUGCAUAGCUGCAGAAAAGAAAGAGAAAGCAUUCCAUGAUAUGAAAAUCGUCUUCAUCUCGUUGCCCACAUUGGCUUAGGCUUCAUUUGGGACGACUUUCUUAUCGCUUCUUAAAGUAGUUUUUUAGUACAAAAUUUUUUAUUUUUAUAUUAAAAAGUUGUUUUAAGAAGCAGUAAGAAAACCGUUCCAAACGAAGUCUUAGUAUUAGGAGAUUUUGGUUCCCAUCAUCAUAUAGUGGGCUUGUAUUAUAUAAUAAUUUCUUGUAUCUAUAGUUUUGCCUGUCAAGACAUAAUGAAAUGUUUGAGGUGUUUACUGUUCUGGAACAAUUUUUUGUGUGUGGACAUUUUUAAUUUCUCUAAUAAAAAUAUUAUGCUGUAUUGGAAACUA